AGUCUGGGCUCUUCCAAAGUGAUGUAAAUCUCUCAAAGUAAUUAAUACAACUAGGAACUUUUAACCUCAGAAUACUGCGCUUGUUUAUCCGUUUUGAUGGACUUACGCAUCCCUUGAAUGUGAUCUACCAUUUGGACCAAGGGAAGUUGCGCGCCUGGACUGCCAUGGCAUAACGGGACACUCUUGAAAAAAAACCAAAGGGGGCUGAAUAUUUCUGAAUUGACCGGAUGACGCGUGUCCAUUGUUUAUCGGAGUGUCUCUAAGUUUGCCACUCAUUCAAGACCUCAUUCAAGAUCAUCUAGUUUCCUCUCGCUCUCCUUUACGCGCUCCGAGAUCUUAAUGGUGGAGAUAUGGGAUGACUGGAGGCGGGGGUGCAGCUGAGGUGAGAUCCAGCCGAAGGACAAUGUUCACGCCCGGCGUUGGCAUCCCUCUGCUGCCGGGGCGUCUGGUACUGAUGCUGCUCCUGCUGUCCGCCUCCGAGCCAAAGCUCUCCCAGGCCUGUCCCGGGCUGCUCGCCUCCAACAGCGGCUGCAGCUGCACGGGCGAGCGGUCCAAAACGCACGGUGUCCAGGCGCUCGGGAGUCGGGUCAGCUGCAGUAAAGAGGAGCUGACUGAACCUCCGGAUGCCGGCCUGCUGCCCAACAGGACCGUCACUCUGAUACUGAGCCACAACAAAAUACGUCUUCUGAGAAAUGGAUCCUUCUUUGGACUUUACGCUUUGGAGAAACUAGACCUCAAGCACAACUUAAUCAGCACCAUGAUGCCCGGAGCCUUCCAGGGUCUUUCUGAGCUUCGGAAACUCGACCUAUCCAACAACCGCAUUGGCUGCCUGACUGCAGACAUGUUCCAGGGGUUAACCAAUCUCACCAAACUGAACCUCUCUGGCAACAUCAUAUCGACCAUGGACCCAGGAGUGUUUCAGGAGCUGCCGUCCCUCAAGCUCGUGAACUUCAACUCAGACUACCUGUCAUGUGACUGCGGGUUGCGUUGGGUCCCGGGAUUCUUUCGCAGCAGUUCAGCCCGUCUGGGGGAGGAAACCCUGUGUGCCUAUCCCAGGAGCCUGAGGGGAAAACCCCUGCGUGGACUAAGGGAAAGCCAGCUGAGCUGUGACGGUCCUCUGGAGCUGCACACCCUGUCGCUGCUGCCAUCCCAGCGUCAGGUGGUCUUCAAAGGCGAUCGGCUGCCCUUCCACUGCACCGCCGCCUUGGUGGACAAGAUCACCACCUUACACUGGCGUCACAAUGGUCAGCUGGUGACCUCUGACCCAGAGAUGGGUGUCCAGCUGGAGAACAGUGUGCUGCACGACUGUACCUUCAUCACCAGCGAGCUUAUCCUAUUCAACGUACAUGUGGAGGCCAAAGGAGAGUGGGAGUGCGUGGUUUCUACUGGGCGGGGAAAUACGUCCCGCAGUGUUGAAAUAUUGGUGCUGGAGAACAGUGCCUCCUUCUGUCCAGAGGAUAAAGUUGUCAACAACCGUGGGGAGUUCAGGUGGCCCAGGACUCUGGCAGGCAUCACCUCACAUCAGUACUGCAUGCAGCUGCGUUACCCCUCCCUGUCUAUGGAGGGAGGUAUUGAACAGAAAAAAGCCUCCAGACAAUGUGACCGCUCUGGAAACUGGCAGGAGGCUGACUAUUCAGAAUGUCACUACACUAAUGGCAUCACCCGUGUCUUGCAUACCUUCAUCCUGAGGCCCAUCAAUGCAUCCAAUGCUGUCACCUUGGCUCAUCAGGUGCGCACGUACACCCUGGAGGCUGCAGGCUUCACUGACUCUGUGGAUGUGUUGUAUGUGGCGCAAAUGAUGGAGAAGUUUUUGGAGUAUGUCAAACAGCUACGAGAGUUGUCAGAGGUUUUGGUAGAGAUGGGUAGCAACGUGAUGCAGGUGGACGACCAGAUCCUCGCUCUUGCCCAGAGAGAGAAGAGAGCCUGCAGCUCCAUAGUCUACUCUCUAGAGACAUUGGCCUGGCCUCAGCUACACGGUCAUGCUCAGGACUUCUCCAUGGUGUCUAGGAACAUUGUGAUGGAGGCCCACUUCAUUAGACCAGCCCACUUCACUGGCAUAACCUGCACUGCUUAUCAGCGCCACGAGGUCUUAACGGGCAGCCUGGGGAUGGACACGUCAGACUCCUCUCAUGAGCAGCCGCUUCGUUUUCGCUGCAGCACUGGCUCCCAUAACACAUCCCUCAACAAUUUUCCCCUAAAGAAUUCAGUAGCCCUGGCCUCUGUGACUCUCCCAGCUACUCUGUUUCCUCCUGAUGCUCCUGCAGACUGUAAGCUGCAGUUUGUAGCCUUCAGAACCGGCAGCUUUUUCCCUCUCUCUGGGAACUCAAGCAACACUGGGGAACACUCUCGUCGACGUAGCGUCAACACUCCUGUCAUAUUUGUUGGCCUAGACGGCUGCAGCAGGUGGAACCAAUCAGAGCCCAUCUGGGUGUCGCUGCGCCACUUGUCUCCUGGUACUGAUGCUGUGGCAGCCCAGUGGAGCCUGAGGGCUAUGGAGAAACAAGGAAGCUGGAGCCAGGAGGGCUGUCAGCUGGUCCACAGUGACAGCAGCACCUCCACGAUGCGCUGCUCUCUGCUUAGCAACUAUGCUGUGCUGCAGGAGGUGCCCGACUUCCCGAACUCCACACCGAUCUCUGUGAGGGUGCUCCACCCUGUGGUCUAUGCCUGCACUGCAGUGCUACUCCUUUGCCUCUUCACCAUCAUCAUCACACACAUACUACACCACAGUUCUAUUCACAUAUCAAGAAAAAGCUGGCACACGUUACUUAAUACCUGCUUUCACAUCGCCAUGACGACAGCAAUUUACGCAGGAGGCAUAAGCCUGACCAGCUACCCAGUAGUUUGUCAAGCUGUGGGCAUCGCCCUGCACUACUCCUCGCUCUCAACCCUGCUGUGGAUUGGAGUCAGUGCCAGGGUCAUUUACAAAGAGGCUGUGUGGAGAAUACCACGGCAGCGGGAGGAGGGAGAGUCUCCUGCUCCACCUACUCAGCGGCCUAUGCUCAGGUUCUACUUGAUAGCUGGUGGAGUUCCUCUUAUCAUUUGUGGGAUCACUGCAGCUGUCAAUGUCAACAACUACGGCGACAACAGCCUUUACUGCUGGCUGGUGUGGCGCCCCAGUCUGGGGUCUUUCUUUGUCCCUGCUGGCCUAGUGGUGUUGGUGACCUGGAUCUAUUUCCUGUGCACUGUGUUUCGCCUGAGGCACCGUGUGGCCAAAGAAUGCACAGGAACCACCCUGUCCACUCCUGUGACUGAAAGCCAGCCUGCACUGGCAGGAAGCACUAGCCUCCUCUCCACAGACUCAGCAGUUGGACCUAUAAACACUGUUGUCGUGCCGGAGGACCAGUACUCGCUGAAGACACAGUUCUUGGUGCUGGUGUCAACCCACUUCCUGUUUGUGGUGCUGUGGUGUUGUGGAGCCAUGGCAAUGUGGCUCACAGGGCACACUAGCUUGUUGUUUAGCUGUCUCUAUGGGAUGGCUGCCACAGUUCUGGGGGUGUUUCUGGUGGUGCACCACUGCUUUCGACGUCUGGAUGUGCAGUCCUCAUGGAUGGCAUGUUGCCCAGGCUACCGCCGCUCUCAUCCUAUGUCUACCUACACGCACACCUGCACGACCGGGAGUGGAGUGCAGACCUCUGAGCAGGGAUCGCAACUUUUUAUCAACUGCCAUCCACCUGGUGACUCUCAUAACUCCUCAUCAGCGCGGUCAUCAUCCACGCCAAGUGGAAUCAGCAGUGUGGGCCCCGGGCCCUGCAAACUCACCAACCUGUUGCAGGUGGCACAAGAUAAUCCAAACAACACUUCACGGGCCCCUGCCGGCAACAACACCAGCACCAGUACUGACAACACCACCAAGCCAACAAACAAUGUUCUGCCCACCAUUAACUCUGCAGCCCCAGUGCAUCCGCAGAGAAGGAAAGUGAGUAGCAGAACUAAACAAGGAAGCAGCCAGUAUCACCAUCGGAGUGAGGGCAGAGGUCACUAUCGUCUCAAAGCUCUAAGGACUGCUGGUGGGGGCAGCCUGGGAGCAUUGGGGCCCACUGGUUUAGAGAACCUGAGUUCUUCACAUGUUGCUCACAAACAGGCCACUAGUGAGAAUGGCAGCAUCCACCACAGCCUUUCAGAGAACCAGGCCAGCCCGCUUACCAACGGGAAGCACCUCGGACUUUCAGUGCCAACCAGCCCCUCGGAGGGAAGUGAUGGGGGCAGCAGCGGGAGUCGCAAACCUUUCCCCCUGCUCCCCUCUAUGGCCAGCAGGGCGGCCAUGCACGGCGCUCAGAGACGAUGCGCCAGCAGAGACAAUUUGAAGCUGGAGCGAGACACUAAGCGCUGCUCCUACCCUUUGAACAGUGUCACCACCACUGUGCCCGGGGCCGCUGCCCAAAAUGGCACCCUCAAAAAGUCAGUGCUCGAGCUGGAACAGGACAUGAGUGGCACAGACCAAUCACAGAGCUCCGUUGGAAUGAAGAGUGGUUUGUGGAAAAGUGAAACCACAGUGUAACCUAUACUUUUAUGUGAACUUCUAUGCAUGGCCUUAAUGGACUAAAAUGAAUGGGUUAUGUUUUAAUGGUCUCUUGAUUAUAAUAAUUAUAUAAUUUAAGAUAUAAAUUCAUGAAGGCAUCCAGGACCCUAAACUGUUACUUUGUGCCUCUGUAGCAUUUAAAGAGUUUGCUGUGACAUGGUAAAACAAAAUGAGGCAGGUUUUUUUUCAAACAUAAGAUACUCAUUUAUUUUUAAUCAUUUCACAAAUUACAAGAUAUCUCUGGAAUCGGCAUAUGAUGUUGAUUUUGGAUGUCUAAUGAAAGCUUUAUCGUUUUAGUUCUGAUUUUUCUAUGCAUAUCAACUAUAGCAUGAAAUGGAGUGCAAGAUGAUCCAGUUCCAAAGUACAGCUUUAUGCAUUUAAUCUGUGGACAACCUUACACCCUUUUGUUUGCUUCAAGUAAUUGUUUGUGUGGGUUCAUAUAUGCUUUUAUAUGUUCUCUGUGUGUGUGUGUGUGUGUGUGUGUGCGUGCGUGCGUGCGUGCGUGCGUGCGUGCGUGUGUGUGUGUGUGUGUGUGCGUGCAUGAGUUUGUAUGUAUGCAUAGACAGUAAUUGCAUGACUGUGGCUGUACAGAAUCUGUGAGAGAAUUAAAAAAGCUAUUGAGACUUUUGAAAAUGUGCUAAAAGUGUAUCUGUUUUUUGCUAAGCUCCCAUCAGCAC